AAAGUCUAGACGGGUAUCCUGUAUUACACUGUAAAUGAAUACAACAUCAUAGCUGUGUAAGAUACCAUGUUUUCACAAUGUCAGAUGGAAACCAGAGAGAUUCAGAAGAGGACGAUGAUGAUGAUGAUGAUGAUGAUAGUGAGAGUGGAUCAAGCAGAGGACGAAAUGGUUCAUCUUUAAUUGCUGUAUUCAGUAGUUUCAUUUCAGGUUUUCUUCGGAACUGGGGCUGCCUCAGAAGCGUUCACAAUAUGUUGAACAUUCCGACCCAGUCGUUCCCUGCGCCCUGCUCCCAGCAGCGGGUCACUCCGUCCGGACAGUCCGGGAGGAACAAGGUGGCCUUAAAGCCCGGCCACAGUUUAAUGGACUGGAUUCGGUUCUCCAAGAGUGGCAAAGAUCUGACAGGGCUCAGAGGACGCUUGAUCGAAGUUACUCAGGAAGAGCUGCAGAAACACAACAAAAGAGAGGACUGCUGGACGUGCAUACGAGGUAUGGUUUACAAUGUGACCCCCUACAUGGACUACCACCCUGGUGGAGAGGACGAGCUGAUGAGGGCAGCUGGGAUAGAUGGCACUGACCUGUUUGACCAGGUUCAUCGCUGGGUGAACUAUGAGUCCAUGUUAAAAGAGUGCCUGGUGGGCAGGAUGGCAACUAAGGCCACAACAGCAAUUAAAGCUAUCAUCUCUCCUGCACCUCCGACUGGCCUCGCCCCACCCAAGUCAGUGGCUCCUCCUCCAGACAAAGACGCUCGGCCUCGAUUCGACUGGUUCCAAACUGAUGCGACUGUUCAUCUGGUCAUUUAUGCUAAGAGGAAGAUUCCCAGCUCAGGCUGUACCAUUGUUGACCUUAAGGCGGGUGUUCUACGACUGGAAGUGCUGUUGGGGAAAAUGUCCUACCUGAUACAUUUAUGUCUAGCUGAUGAAGUUGAGGAACAGGUCACUGUCCACACUGCCUUCUCAGUGGGCAAGAUCCAGGUCAGCAUACGCAAACAGAAUAAAGGAAAAUGGACAAGUCUUGGUCAACCACUGGAAUUUCACAAUACAUUUCUACGCAAAAAAGACAGAGCUCUCUACUAUAGGGAUUGUGUGUUGGUGUCUAAAACUGCGGUGAACCACAACACCCAUGUGUUCAGAUUGCAACUUCCACGUGGGACUGUCAUGCAUGUGCCUGUUGGAAAACAUGUCUACCUCAAAGCCCUCAUUCAAGACACAGAGGUUGUGAGGCCAUACACUCCGGUAGAUCAGAACCUGGCAGCUGCCUCCCACCACUCCUCACAGGAAUCAGACCUCUACCUCAUGAUCAAAGUUUACCCUGACGGAGUGUUCACCCCACACCUCAACAGCCUGCACAUUGGUGACUGUAUAUCCGUUAGUGGUCCAGAGGGUCCCUUCAGUCUCCGGCCCCUUCGUGAUGUCACAUACCUCUACCUAUUAGCAGCAGGCACAGGGUUCACGCCCAUGGCUCGCCUCAUCCAACUGGCUCAACAGGACAUUGACACCAUCAGAACAAUCAAGCUGCUCUUUUUUAACCGACGAGAGGAGGACAUUCUGUGGCGCUGUGAACUGGAUGAACUGGCUGCAAAUAGUGAGAGGUUUCAGGUGGAGUACGUCCUCUCUGAUCCGUGUGAAAGCUGGACAGGCCUGAAGGGACAGGUGGAUGAGUCCAUGCUCAAGGAUUUCCUCAAAAGGCCAGAUGGCUCCAAAUGCUAUGUGUGUGUGUGCGGCCCCACUGCCUUUACAGAGCUGACUAUAGGGUUGUUGAAGCAGCAGAGCUUCAGCGAAGAGGAGCUCCACGCCUUCCAGGGCUGAUGUGCUCGGCUCCGACCCAGUUCCACUCUGCAAAGACUGUGUGCCUGAGAGUGAGUGAGUGAGUGAGUGAGUGAGAAUGAGAGAGAGAGAGAGAGAGACCAUAUUUAUAAACUUGUGUUUGUGAGAAAUGAAUGGAACAUUGUAUUUCUAUGCACCAAGAACCUGACGAUGCUUAUAGCAGGCAUCACACCUCAGGCUUUGAUGGGCUGUAAAAAAUCUUCUGAUUCUGGACAGUUUGGUCAGUGUUUGAUACAAAGUUAAUAUAACUCUGAAAUAAAAGGUUAAACAUUGUAAAGGUGUAGAAUAAAAGCAGGAAAUGUAAGAGAAAUGACUGAGAUGAUGUAAACUGCUGGUGUAUAUGCAAUAAUAAAAUAGAAAUAAAAUGACCAGAGUGUAGCAAAGGA